AAAAAAAAAAAAAAAAGAAGAAGAAAAAAAAAACAGAGCGUCUUUGCUCUUCUUUCCCACUAAUCUCUUUGAUUGCUAAAUCCUUCACUCACUAAACCCUAAUUUGUCCCGUUGUAAUCUCUCAUCACCAAGUAUGGCUGAUCAAAAACCCCUAGAUUCCUUUACUCCUCCUCUUCAAUCCGAUGAUCUGUCUCAUUCCCCAGCUCCUCCUCCGCUCUCAAGUCGCCUCAACGCUAAUGCUCCGGAGUUUGUUCCUGCUCAGCCGAGGAUGAUGAUCCCACCUCCGCCUCCUCCUCAUAUGUACCACCACCACCCUCCUCCGCCUCUGUUUACUGGACCUCACGAGCGGCGGAGAGACCGUAAGAAGAAGGAGCAACCCGAAACUGGAGCUUCUGUUUCCAUUGAUCCUAAGAGUGGUUUACCUGAGGAUACAGUCCAGAAGAUAGUGAAACAGGUAGAAUACUAUUUCGGCGACUUGAACUUGGCCACAACAGAUCUUUUGAUGAGAUUUAUCAGCAAGGACCCUCAAGGAUAUGUGCCUGUACAUGUAGUUGCAUCUUUCAACAAAAUUAAAUCAUUCAUCAACAGUGUCUCCCAGCUUGCCACAGUGCUACAAAACUCCUCAAAGCUUGUUGUUAGUGAAGAUGAACAGAAAGUGAGACGCAUAUAUCCCAUUACCAAAAUUGCUCUUGAAGAGUUACAGUCCCGAAUAGUGAUUGCCGGAAAUCUACCUGCGGAUCAUUGCUACCAUAAUCUCAUGAAGAUUUUCUCAGCUGUUGGAAGUGUGAAGCACAUUCGGACCUGCCAGCCACAAAACUCUGGCUAUAGUUUUCCAUCAGCAGCUAGAUCAGCUAACACUGAUUUCAGUAACAAGGUCCACGCCUUUGUUGAGUAUGAGACAGUUGAGCUGGCAGAGAGAGCAGUUGCUGAAUUAAAUGAAGAAAGAAAUUGGAGGAGUGGUCUUAGGGUACGGUUGAUGCUGCAGGAUCAGACGAAAGAGCCAAAACAUGUUCUUCAAGAAGGAGGAAGAAAGGAAGAAGAUGAUGAUGAUAAAAAGUUUGAAGAUUGUGGUGGAGAAAGGGAUGGUCAUGGAGAGGAGGAGGAACAAGGAGACAAGAAGAGAAGAGGGCAUAACCGUGGUGGACAAGGACGAGGAAGAAGUCAAAACCAAAACGAAAAUUCAAAGCAGAACCUGAAUUACCAAAUGAACAACAACAACACAGAUCAUCAAGUGAGCAUGGGGAAGCAACAGCAACAGCCACCACCAGGACCACGAAUGCCAGAUGGCACAAAGGGAUUCUCUUUGGGGCGGGGAAAACCGGUAAUUGUUCAUCCUCAGUGAACCGGAGCUGUCUGACCAAAAAAAACCGAGAUGGUUGGUAUAUAAUGGAAGGGAAGGGUUAACUUCAAAGAUCCACAAGAGAGUGAUCUUACUAAAAUUUCUACUUCAUAAAACAAAAACAAAAAUUUUGUUACUUGGAAUUAGAUGGAGUUAGAAAAGUUUUGCUUUCUUUCUUUCAUAAACGGACCAAUGCUAGCUUGAAUAAUCCAAUGUGCGGUUAAUUAACUAAAC